GUGAUGCAAGAUUUGGUUAGUGUUGAAAAAUGGCAGGAACUUUUGCGGUGGCUGGAGAGGUCUUUGUAGACGCUUUACCUUAUUUUGAUCAGGGAUACGAUGGUGCAGGUAUCAGAGAGGCGGCUGCUGCCUUGGUGGAAGAGGAGACGAGAAGAUACCGACCCACCAAAAACUACUUGAGUUAUCUUCAAACUCCUGACUUUUCUGCUUUCGAAACGGAGAUCAUGCGCAAUGAGUUUGAAAGACUUGGAGCUCGUCAGCCCAUGGAACUACUAAGCAUGAAAAGAUAUGAACUUCCAGCCCCUUCAUCUGGACAGAAGAAUGACAUUACUGCUUGGCAGGAAUGUGUCAAUAAUUCCAUGGCCCAGCUAGAGCAUCAGGCUGUUCGUAUUGAGAACCUUGAUCUCAUGGGACAGUAUGGAACAAAUGGCUGGAAGGCUUAUAAUGACAACCUGGCCUUUAUGAUUGAAUCUGCUCAAAAGGAGUUGCAGAAAUUAAGAAAACAGAUACAGGAUCUCAACUGGCAAAGGAAGAAUGACCAGCUUGCUGGAGGAGCUAAACUCAGAGAACUGGAGUCAAAUUGGGUGUCUUUGGUGAGCAAAAACUAUGAGAUCGAGCGGGCCAUCGUGCAGCUGGAGAAUGAGUUGGGGCAGCUUAAACAACAGCAGGGAGAUGAAAACAAGGAGAACAUUCGGCAGGAUUACUAAACCAUGCGGGGAGUAUAUGGAGGAUCUAAAGACUCAAAUAUUCACUGGGACGGCCAUCAGCAAACUCACACCUAUUUAAGCACAGGAAGGACUAAGAUGUACCUUUUGUAAAGGUCACUGAACUUGGCCAAGGUUUGCUUUUCAUUCAGAACUUUUGUAAGGUAUUCCUGUGCAAAAUUAGUGCCCAGUCUACUAAACAGUUCUGUUGUCUACUGAAGACAGUGCUGAUUAUCCAGAGAUUUCAUGACACAAAUAUGAAGUUAAUCUGUGGAUGUAAUGAUUAACUGUAAAUGUCAGACUGGUUUUGGUCUUUUACAAAAACAUUAUUUUUCCCUUGCUUACUUUCUUUUCUUUUAAGUAUGUGUAAUGGUUUAAUUUUUUACAUAUUUGCAAUAAAAGUGUAAUACUAAAUUGA